UUCUUUUCCUCUUUCUCCAGCUCCUCUCCUCAGUUUCCUCUUUGGUGAGUGAUGGAAGGCAGGCGGUCACAGAGCUGUCCUUUCUGAUCCUCAGUCAUUGGUUCGCAGCCUCUCUCAGGGCAGUGCUGCAAACCCUGCCACCUCCCCGCCUCCCUCCCGCCCAGGACAGAAGCUGCUCCGAGCUCUGUCUCCAGCUCAGGCAGGAGCGCAGCGGUGAGAGCGCGUGAGGACAGGUUCGCUAUACACCAGGCGUCUGGGAGGCUGCAGGACCGCUCCAAAAGGCCACCGCACCCGGGGGAGCAGAGGAUCCGCGAGCACCGGCGCCCAAAGCAGAGCCCCACACGCUGCUGCUGCAUUCACCUGCACCCUUCUCAACGGCUGCAGCCCAGGGGUGCUCCGGAGCUCACCCGAGCUGAAGAGCGGCUGGAAAGCUGUGAAACGGGCCCGGGGCUCAGAACUCUCCAGGUAGCAAGAGACAGAAGCGGGAACUCCCGAGGUGCAGGGGUCUGCCGCGGCUGAGCAUCUUGAGCGGCGGACGACACCCUACCCCCCCCCCGCGCGCGCCGGGGGUCCCAGUGACCUGGCCGCCUGGGGGGCGCCGAUUCCCCGCCAGGUGAGCGCGGCCGGGCGGGAGGGGAACGUCAUGGAGGCUCUUAGCAGCGCCGGUCUACCGCAUCAGAAGUGAGGUGGCCCUGCCCGAGUCGGCGGGUCCCCGCGGAUCAUGUACGGCGACGUGUUCAACGCCACUAGCGGGCCGGAGGCGGCGGGAAGUGCCGCGCUGGCCCCCGGAGCCACGGUCAAGGCAGAGGGCGCUUUGCCGCUGGAGCUGGCCACCGCGCGUGGAGUUCGGGACGGCUCGGCCACCAAGCCAGACCUGCCCACCUACCUGCUGCUCUUCUUCCUCCUGCUGCUGUCCGUGGCGCUCGUCGUCCUCUUUAUCGGCUGCCAGCUGCGCCACUCGGCCUUUGCUGCGCUGCCCCACGAUCGCUCGCUCCGCGACGCCCGUGCGCCCUGGAAGACGCGACCGGUAUAGGGCAGAAAGAGUCAAGGCCGCGGGGAGCUUGGGUUUUGGCCUUGCAGAAAGCAUCCAGCAGGAGCAGAGUAGGGUGGGCUCCGGAGUCUCCCAAAAACCAUUUUGGACCUGGAGAAUAAGGGGUAUUAGGAGGUUGCCUGGGGUCCUGGUCCCAGUGCCUAAAAGUACUCCCUAGGCGAGUACCCCCUUCCACCACCUACAACAGGUCCUGUCAGGAAACCACCCAGAAAGACCCACCCGGGCACAGGAGCCUUGCCUGCCUGGUGAGUUCCUGACUUUGCUCGCAGACAGGCAGCAGGCACCGCGAGCCGAGCGCAGGACUAAUCAGGAGCUGACUGUGCGGACUGGACUCCCGGCCCUAUGGGCUGUCUGCAGCUGCUCCCGCCUUUCUUGCUCCUUAACACUGGGGAUCCGAUAAAGAAAUGACACAAGGUUUCAGUGUGUCCUGCUUGGGUUCGAGUACCCAGUUUCCUCAGAGAGCAGGACUGAGGGACCGGUGGAGGGACAAGUGAUUACAUUCACCGCUGCGGGGGUGCUGCAACUGAAAGUCUGCAUCUCGUGUCUCCACCCAAGACAUUUCUACAAUAAAAGCUCACCGAAUUAGAUCCAGCACCGAAAACGCUGAUCAUUGUUUGCACCGUUUGGGAAAGGGAUUAUGAAGGGCCCAUCCCCAGGAGGAAUGGACCCAAGGCUGACCCACCUCCUCUGCGAGGGCCAGGUCAGUCUGAGCAUACCUGCUGCCUGGGUUUCCCUAGCUUUUUGCUUGCUCUGGAAAGCGUUUGUUUUCUUUGGGGUUCUGUUUUCUGGCAGACUCCAGGGAUAACCUGAUCUGCUGAAUGGUCCUGUUAACUGGACCCCGUAGAGACCCUGAGAGGCAGAGCUUUCUCUCAUGUCCGUGCCCCCACAGCCUGAAGCUUUCAGAGCCCUGGGGCAGAGACAGGGCUUGGUGAAGGGAGGUCCUGAAAGGAGAGGGAGUUGGGUAGCAUUUCCUCCCAAGCAGACAAAAGCCAGCCCCCCCCCCC